CCGAUAACACCGUCACCAGAGCGUAGGCGAUAUGCAUAUAUAAAAGUUUACGACGGUGACUUUGAUGAAACUAGAUAACUAUAUCAGACUUCGCCACAGUUCCCAAGCCACUACAUCCGCAAAUACCAGCUAUCACACCAAAUCCAGUUCCAAGCCCAUCACAAACCUCCAAACAACCUUCCAAAAUGCCCACAAUCACCUCCAAGCCCACUGGCCCCAUCGGCUUCGGCCUCAUGGGUUUCACCUGGACUCCCACGCCUACUCCGGACGCGCAAGCCUUCGCCGCGAUGUCCGCCGCGCUCGCGGGCGGCGCCAACUGCUGGAACGCGGGCGAGUUCUACGGGAUGCCAGGCACCCGCACGGCGAACCUUGAGCUUCUGAACCGGUACUUCACCGCGCACCCAUCCGACGCGGCAAAAGUGGUGUUGUCGGUCAAGGGCGGGGCGGACCUUACCAGCGACCACUUGACGUCGCAGGGCGACCGCACGGGCGUCCGCCGCUCCGUCGAGAACGUCCUGCGCGUGCUCGACGGAAAGGUCUUCCUUAGCAUAUUCGAGUGCGCAAGGGUCGAUAAGAAUACCCCCAUCGAGGAGACCGUCGCCGCCAUCGCGGAGUUUGUCAAGGAUGGCAGGAUCGGCGGAGUGGGCCUUAGUGAGGUCAGCCCCGAGACGAUCCGCCGCGCGGCGAAGGUCCACCCCAUCGCUGCCGUAGAGAUGGAGGUCAGCCUCUGGAGCCGCGAGGUGUUCGUCCCCGGCGGCGUGGCCGACACGUGUGCCGAGCUCGGGAUCCCGAUCAUGGCGUAUAGCCCGUUGGGCCGCGGGAUCUUGGCCGGCAGGUUUACCAAGCCGGAGGAUCUUGAGGAUGGGGAUAUGCGCAAGAUUUUCGACCGCUUCCAGCCGGGGAACUUCGAGAAGAACCGGGUGAUCGUCGAGAACCUGGAUAGGAUUGCCGAGAGGAAGGGGUGCAGCAAGGCGCAGGUCUGUUUGGCCUGGGUGUUGGCCCAGGGAAAUAAGCCCGGCAAGGCGACGAUUGUUCCUCUGCCCGGAGCGACAGGCGUCGAUAGGGUGGAGGAGAAUUGUAAGCUUGUGGAGUUGAGUGAGGAGGAGCUGGAGGAGGUUAAUGGUAUGAUGAACGAGGUGGAUGUGCAUGGCGGCAGGUACAAUGAGUGGAUGGCGCCCGGAUCUUGGGAGUAUUUUGUUGGAGGAUAG